ACACAGAACAAAGACAACAAUGGCGGUCGGUCGCUAAUUUCUUGUAAACAUAUGAUCGGGUGUUCUAUUUCUACAAUUGUAAGGAUGAUUUCGUCUCCUUAUUUUACGGCAAGUGGAAGACAAACGCGUUCGGCUACAAGAGCGGCCGCAGAUGCUCUGGGAAAGAAAAAGAAACCGGCGAGAAAGCACGUGAAGAUCGAAUACGAGUCCGAAAACCAAGAUGGAGGGAGAGAACAAGCGAGCGAUGAUUCAAAAGAAGAUGUAGCCUCUAAGAAGCGUAAGAAGGAUACUUCUGUAACAAAAAAACAGUCUUCAGACUGGGAACCUGCUAACUGGAGGGAACAACUAGCUAAUAUCCGUGAAAUGAGAAAAUUACGGGACGCACCGGUAGAUUCACAAGGAUGUGAGAAGACAGCUGAUAUGAACCAGUCAGCUGAGGUGAGUCUUGGGCAGCUUGUGGGCUGGGAAUGGAUAAUCGCGACCCGGGAAUCGCGAUUAGGGUUGCUACGUGAAACGGAUAGGAAAAGAGAGGCUUGGCAUGGCCUUUGUUAACCUCCAUUAAUGUUUAUUGAGUUAGACAACAAGCACACUGAGUAGCGAACCGGGUGGGGGGGGUACUCCCUUAUAUAAGCCACGUAGGUAUGUGCGGCCCCAUCGGGUAGGGUUUUUGCGCCGUUUUGGGCUGAAAAUGGAUAUACACUUUGCCCAUUUUGUUCUGGAAUUGGGUAUGGUUUUCAAGGGAACUACAGGAUUGUGUUUUUGCCCUAAUCUAAGUAGUGAUAACAUAAAGGCCAGGUCUGAAAAUGGGUAUGGAUUUUGGAGGUCUAGUCUGAAAAUGGGUGUGGAUAAUAUAUUACAUUCUUUGGUCUGAAAUCGGGUCAGGAUUUGAAGAACUGGGUGGCACACCCCUGGCAAGAAUUCCCAGGAGUACCCCCCCGCGUAGCGAAUGACGUCGUAACUGAAUCAAUAGACUCCAUUUGGAGGGAGAGCUGGGUAAUGUGCUUGCCUUUCGAAUUGAACUUAAGACUGACCAAUUCAUGCAAAGAGCCUUCAGAUAAGCUUCCAUGAUGUCACAUAUGAUCGACGUAUAAUUAACCAAAAUCACUUGAUGUAAUUAUUGUACCAUUACUCUAAGGCUUAUUGUUCAGAUUAGUAGGCUUACUCUAUUUUCAUGCUGUGAUUGAACCCAGCUUAAGGCUCAGUUAAUUCAAUUUAAGCAUGCCAAUGAGGUUUAUAAUAGCACAAGAAUGAGAAAACAAAAUCCUGAAGCAACCUGGUCAGUGUUAAGGGAAAAUGGCAUCAUCAUAAAAAUGGCCUGUUAUAAAUCUAACCAUCUUAUUACUCCAUUUAAUGUACUGAGUACUGUCUCUGUUGCCAUGAUAUGUGAUGUUUUCAAAAAUAUUGGAUGCAAGCCAUCAGCGAGCAAGGACCAUUGGCAGGGCUUAGAUGGGGAUUUGCUUUUACACCAUCUUCAAUAAGCAUGGUACAGGAUCAGAAGCACAUAACCUUGCUUCUGACCGGAAAUAAGUGGAAUAUUCUUGUUCUGGGUGGGCCUAUAAGCUGGAUUGCUCGUGUAAUCAUAAUAUAAUCACGUGGAAAGGUCAAAAAUUUGGAAUGCCAAUUCUGUAACUCAAGGCAUUGUUUAUUUUACUUUUUUUGUUGUAACAGCUCAUUUGGACGCAAACAACUUUUAGAUAUAUUGAUUUUGGUCAUCAUUAUACAUUUGUGAUUUUUGAAGUACUGUAUUGCCCCUGAGGCAGAGAACAAGAGUGUCGCCUUGACAUUCAAAAUUGUUCUGCAUAUAUAUAGUAGGGAAUUUGCUUCACUUACAAGGCAGGCCUGGCCUAAUGCCAUGCUCUUCCCCAGGUAUAGGGGUGGGGGGCUUUCCACAGACUAGUGCAUUAUUGAAGGGGAAUGAUUUAUCAUCAAGAUGUUACAUCAACCAUGGAUUUCAUACUGGUGACUAUUCCCUACAAGGACUGACAAGAAAGAAAAAUGAUGAUAAGGAUGAAGAACUUGUAUUUUUUGCCUAAUUUGCAGACCAUUCGUUACCAAGUCCUUAUUUCUCUCAUGCUAUCAAGUCAAACAAAAGACCAAGUCACAUUUGCAGCCAUGGAAAAGUUAAAAGCACAUGGCCUAACAGUAGAGAAUAUUCUUAAAACACCUACAAGUAAAAUAGGGGAGCUGAUUUACCCAGUUGGUUUCUGGAAGGUGAGUGUGAGUGUUGAUUAAAAACUGUACAUACCGAAACAGGCUAACUUAUAAAUGAACAACAGGAUUGGUUCAUCUGUUUGGGUUUAUCAUACAAGUGUACUUAUAUUGAUAAUACUCAAAUUUAAUUAUUUCUAUAACUAUGAAAAAUUUGCACAGUUUAUGCUGUCAUCCAAGACAAGGUCUUUUUUUCUGCUCUCAUUCACAUGACACUCAAUUCAAAUUUGACUGUGUAUCAAUAAAUUUUUUGAUUUAGUACGAUGAGUUCAGCUGACAUUUUUCUUUUAUUUUUAAUUUCAGAAAAAGGCUGAGUAUAUUAAGGAGGCAACUAAAAUUUGUGCUGAAACAUACAAAGGUGACAUUCCACCCACGGUAAAGGAUCUGACAGCACUGCCAGGGGUGGGUCCCAAGAUGGCACACAUUACCAUGAAUGUAGCGUGGGGGGAGGUGACGGGAAUUGGAGUUGAUACUCAUGUCCACAGGAUUGCUAAUAGACUUGGCUGGGUUAAAAAGCCCACCAAACUUCCUGAAGAAACUAGAGUCGCUGUAGAGAGCUGGCUACCAAGGUAUCUUCUUUUUCUUUUUUGUUUAAUCUCCUUUAAUUGCAAUAAUGUUAAAUACAGGUUUAGAGAAUACACAGAUUAAAGGUCUUACUACUUCAAAUCCUACUACCCACUUCCACCAUGGAGUAACAAUUCAUUCAAAUGUCUUAAUUUUGGUUGAUCCAGAUCACCCAUAACUGAGAGAUGUCAGUCUGAAUUAUAAGAAAAGUUUAAGCUCAUCUGCCAAACCAAACUGAUUCCAAUGCUACUUUUCUGCUGUACCUACCAUCUAGGAAUGACUCAUGGGUUGUAUGGUUCUUGAAACAUUUAGAAAUGAAAGUUAGCAGAACCACUUUUUUGGAUGUGUUAAUUAAAUCAACGGGAUACUUAGUUCAACCAAUGAUCAAAGCAUGCUGUGAAAGUGAUAGACUUGCUUUUUUGACAAAGCCCCUGCCAGGUCCUGCCAGUUUUCUUUUUUGUGAAUGAACACAACAACACAAAGUCAGAAGCCCUCAAAGUUUAAAAUGACAAAAUUUUUAAAUAUAAGAAUUUGUGGGAUAAAACAGCAGCUUUUGGAGGAAAAUGAUGCAGAUAAUGAGGGAACUUGCUCAGUGAUCUUAAAUUCAUUCAGUGGUUUGAUAAUUAAAUUUGUGUUCUAUAAAUCAGUUUCAAACUUUUUUAAGGUUAGCCUGAAUUUCAGCCAUUUACUUGAGUCGCAAACUCUUGAGAGAGAUUUAUGAAUCAACCAACUGCUAUGCCGUCCAGUAAUACCACUACCCCCUUUGUUUUAAUUCAUGCAAAAUCCAAAAUAUGAUUUUCAACCAGUAAAUAAUGGAAUAACUAUCACCAGGAUAAGGUGUGCAGAGUACAGAAUUGUUUUACUUGUAACUCAUGUUAAAUGGUGGAACAGUCAACUGCAUGCAGUAUUCUGGGCAGACCUUUAGCACCAUUAUUAAAAAAUUGCACCCAAAUGCAAGAACAGACGGUGGAAAUGACAGUAAGUGGGAAUAUUUGCUAGCUCGACACAAGCUUGUUAAUAGUCACAAAAAUCAAUCACUAAGCCGCCUAUGAAAUCACUAAUAAAACUGCCACAAAGUGGCUCUAACUAAAUGCGAACCAACUUUUUAUAUUGAUUUUUCAUCUGUAGGCAUAUGUAACACUGUCUCUCUUGGGAGUUUGACUUGAGGAGAGAACUGAAAUUUAGGCCACUGAAAGAUAUGAUGAUGAUCACUCUAACAUUUAAGGGAAGUUCUCCCCAACAGCAGUUGACAGUUUACUCCCACUUCUGACACCUUGGUGCUUUUGUGAUUACUGUGAGGUAAAUCACUGCAGAUUAAAGGAAACUUUCUCUUCUCUUUUGCCAGGGAGGAAUGGGAUGAAUUGAAUGUACUGCUGGUUGGAUUUGGUCAACAAACAUGUCUUCCUGUAGGACCACAGUGUGAAUCAUGUCUGAACUGCAAAAUAUGCCCAGAAGGACGCAGAGUUACCAGAGGGAAACCCAGCAAAACUAAGUAAUUCCAUAUCCAGAUAUUUUCUCUGGGGGAUUUCUGGUGAUCUCUUUUGCAUUCAGCAGCCUGAUGGUUUUAUUGUUAUUUUUGUCAUUUUAGUUUGGAUUUUUAAAACAUAAGUUUUGUAAGUGGGGAAUAUGUUAUCUUGCAAAUGAAUUCUAUGUCCCCUGUCAGUGACUAGAGUACUUAAGGUUCAUGGUAUGUGCUCUUGAAAUUCCCAUAUAUUCACAAUAUCAACAGGGUUCAUACAGAGUCUUGAAUUCUUGAAAAAGUCUUGAAAUUUAGUAAUUUUCUAUACCAGGAAAAAGUCUGGAAAAUAAAGGUGACAUCUUAGAAAAUGGUAAGAAGUCUUGAGUUGUGC